AUGCCUGCCUCCCUGGAAUCCGCCCGGCCCAUCAUGGCGCCCUCGGUAUCACGUACAGCAUGGCACCCACCGUCCCUGACCACCGACUCGGCCCACGCCGAGCUGCGCGACAUCGAGUCCGGCCUCGACCGCAUGGAGAACAAGGCCCUGACGUCCCAACGUGUCGAGCUGUCCGAGGAGAAGAGCGCCAACCUCAGCAAGCUCGCCCUCGGCGCCAAGCUCGAGCGCGCCCUCGACAGGCGCAUGAGCAGCCAGGACGCCGUCAUGCGCCGACCCCCCGCCGCGAAGCUGAGCGAGAAGCAGGCCAUCUAA